AAGAAGAAAGUGUUAAGUAAAAAUAGAAUGAUUAUUAAAUUCUAAGUUCACUUUUCUAGGUGACUUACAAGUUUUGGACAAGUUUUUGAAAGGCUUUUCUGAGGUAAAUGUGAUGUUAUAUGACAUUGUUUACAAGCUGUUUUAUUGACAUCUUUCCGCGGUUGAAACAAUGAUUGAGCGAUUACAUUUGACAUGAUAUGGAUUUCAGUAUACUGUACUUUCAGCAUAUCUGUUGGUGUUCAUUCAUGUUUAUUUCGUGUUGUAACUAGUAAAGUGGAAGAGACGAUCGGUUCAUGUGCACUCCACGCUGCCGCUUCACUUUAACUGAGGCACGUGCAAAGAGCGCCAAAACAGAUUGCGGCAGCUGAAAAGACGUCUGGUCUCGCUCUAGUCUAUGGGGAGUUAGACCAUUUUGAUUCUUGUGAGGUUUAUUGUGCUUCCCUCAAAACAAAAAACAAAAAAACACCACCAAAAAAAAGGGACACUUUGGAGUGUAAGGGCAAAAAGGGCAUGUGCUCUGCACAGGUUCAGCCCUACCUGUGCACGUGCCUGGCAGAAGGUUUUUGCCCACAUUUAUCAGACAUAUUAAUCCAUCCAUCUAUCUAUUGGUUGAAAUAACAAUUGUUUAUAAUAUGGUGAUCUAAAUAUUACAAGGAUGUAAAAAUGUAAAAAAAUAAAAAUGUUUGCUGGGUCUCAUUGGAUAUUACCACAAGUAAAAAAAAUAAAAAUAAUAAUAAUAAUAAUAAAUAAAUAAAUAAAUACAUUUAAAAAACGAGGGUGGGGGGAUAAAGUGGCCUUUUAAAAUAUAACUUCCUGUUUGGAUUGAGGGGAUGGAAUAGCACUCAUUAUCACAUUAAGAGUGAAAUUUAACUCUGGUCACAGCAGUCAGGUUCCAGCUUGAGCAAGAGAUCACAUCUCUCACAUCAGUAAUCGGUGCAGUUUUGACAAGGACUAGACAGUUUAAAGAGGAUGUAGAGUAGUCCAUCAUUGAGAAAAGUUGUGGGAAAACUUCAGAAUCCGUGAAAUAAGAUGGCAUGCCUUUCUUUUAAAAUUGUAUGUAAAAGCACAGGACUUUUGUUCCUCUUCAUUCUUCAGGGUUUGAAUGCACAGAGCAAUGAUACAGCCUUCCCUGUAACUACAAGCAGUUCUUCAACUCAAACAUCUCCUCAAACACCUGUCACAACACCCCCUGCCUCUACAAGCUCUUCUGCAACUGAGUCUCAAACAUCAGCUGAUUCAACCUUCCCUGUAACUACAAGCAGUUCUUCAACUCAAACAUCUCCGCAAACACCUGUCACAAGUGAGUAUUGUUCAUGGACAACUGGGUAAACAAUUAUUGCUUUAUUUCAUUCAUUUUUAUUGCUAAUGUAGUAUUAUGAUAAUUGCCAAACAGCAGCACUUGAAUAAAAUUAUUAGAGAUAGUCAACUGUGACAUUUCAGUUGUAAAAAUUGUAUUAUUUACACAGUUGUCAAGUCAAGUCACCUUUAUUUAUAUAGCGCUUUUUACAAUGUAGAUUGUGUCAAAGCAGCUUUACAUUGAUAACUGGUACAUUAUUUGGCUGCACAGCAGCUCUUAAAAGAAUAGUGUCAAUGCAGGCAGAUCAAAGCACUGUUGAAUAUCAAAUGUCAAGUCAAAUGUCAAGUGUCCCCAACUAAGCAAGCCAAAGGCAACAGCGGCAAGGAACCCAAACUCCAUCAGGUGACAUCAGGUGGCAGACAAGUGGCAAAUAGGUGUUUAAAUGGAGAAAAAAACCUUGGGAGAAACCAGGCUUAGUCGGGGGGCCAGUUCUCCUCUGGCCAACAGUGCUUUGUUACGAUUCAGGUAGCUAUCAUAAGUCCGACAGGAUCGCAACAUUCAAAGUAUUUAUUCCAGUUCCAUCCAAUUGAGGAUUGUAUUCAUCACGGCUGUUGAGGAACUGUGUCGUGGCUGUCGUGUCGAUGAGGCCCUCAGAGUGGAUGAUCUAGUUGACUCAAUCUCUGCUGAUACUUCAGGGCUGCGUUGUGGUUGUGUCAAGGCGCAGGUCCUUGGUCUCACCUGGAUACGGCCUGGAUCCGGUUGACUAC